AUGGGAAAUAAAAAUAGCGAAAAUAAGACUCAACCUACAAGAAACGAAUACUUAUUAGACUCAAAAUCUCAAUACAACAAGCAUUUAGAUCCAAAUUAUACUGGAGAGCCUAUUGAUGACAGUAUUUAUUAUGGACCUACAUAUAAUCGCAAAUGUACAGAUUUUUUAUUUUUGUUUUUAUUUAUUGCAUUCUUAUUGUCAUGAAGGAAUUAAAUGAUGAGGUUGACGGGAAUUGGACUCCAUGGACACUCCCAUGGAGUGAUAGGGCCCAUUCUUAUGAAGUUGAAAACAGGGCUUCUAUCUCUAUUGAAGCAGGCCUUCUGGCUUUAGAAUGCUUACCUAAAGGAAAAUUCUAUUCUUCCCCCGAAGGUUUCCUGUUCCUUCUUAGUCUAGACAUGCUUUGCCUACUAUAUGAUCUUUCUUAUCAGGGCAUGGGUAACCUUCCAGACAGUGACUCUUUCCCAGAGAGCUAAUCUUUGGAAUAUGUUGCUUAGACCGGAAAUCAAAAUACCAGUCUUUCAUUUAUCCUCAUUGGAUAUCUGAGGUUACUGGGGACUAGUUUUUUGAAGGCAAUAUGAGGCGCAGGUCAGUGGGUUAUCCCGCUUAUGGUCAGCGCCACUUUUAACUUAACUUAUUGGCAUGAAUAAUUAUCGGCUUUUAUGGAUUUGCCCAUGGAGACCCUGAUCUUUUAACCCAUCCCUAUGACUCAUCAGGCAAUCAAUGCGGCAUAGGAAGUGCAUCAGACUAUAAAUAUUUAUAUUACCCAUUUCCUCUUUCCGGCUACUUCAAUUAUAGUGUCUGCAUUAAAGAUUGCCCAGAUAGCUAUGAAUACAACAUAACAUGCUAUAAAACUCAUAUUUUUAAAGACUGUAUAUUUGGCUUUGAAGAGUAUAGUAAUGAGCCUCUUUCUGAAUAUGGCUAUAUUAGAGGAGUAUAUCCAACAACAGGCUAUUUUUCAAGAUUUUGUUUUCCAGACACCUCAAAUAGAAAAUGGUUAUUUGAUUCAUAUGACGAGGUUAGAGACACCAGUGACUAUCAAAUUCUUAUAAAAUGAUUUUCUGAUGUUAUUGUCACCUGGCCUGUCAUAGGAAUUGUUGUGGCUGUAGCUUUUGGCUUUGCUUUUAUUUAUUUGAUUUUUUUAAGGUAUUUUAUAGGAAUAGUCGUCUGGCUUUCGAUUUUAGGAGUUUUUUCAGCUUUGCUCAUUUUUGCAGCCCUUAUUCAAUGGACUGCUACAAAUAAAUACCAAGACGACACAGAUAAAGAAACAAGAAAAACGCUCUGAGCAUUUUCUGCAUUUUUAUACGCAUUUGAUGCUUUAUUCUUAAUUUAUAUUGUUUUUAUGUGCAAUAGGAUUAGGCUAGCCAUUGCUAUUAUGAAGACGAGUACAUUGUUUCUUAAAGAUGUCUGAUACGCUAUUUUUGUGCCUCCUUUAUUUUUUGCUAUCACAGUUGUAUUUUAUAUUUAUUGGGUUUGCGCAAUUUUAUACUUAUAUUCAGAUGGAAAAAUCAAAAAAAAUUCUGAGUCACCCUAUUUAAGCUGAAAUGGAGACUCGCGAAAUGCAAUUGUUUUUGAGUUCUUUGGGAUGCUGUGAGUGAAUACUUUUAUUGUUGCGCUUAAUAAUUUUAUAUUAUCAAGCGCAGUUUGCAUUUGGUAUUUUUCUCAAAAUACUGAUUCUAGAGCACAGACUCCUAUUUCUACGUCAUUUUAUAGAGCGUUUAGAUACCAUCAGGGAUCUCUGGCUUUUGGGUCAUUUUUAUUAGCAAUCAUAUGGGCUAUAAAGAUUGUCCUCAAAGUUUUAAAAGCAGUGCUGAAGUCAACUCAAACAAAACAAAAAGAAAAUAAAUUAAUUGUGCUUGCAAUAUCAUGCUUGAUUUGCUAUGCUAAUUGCUUUGAGAGAUUUGCGAAAUUCAUAAACAAAAAUGCUUAUAUCCAGAUUGCAAUACAGUCUACCAGUUUUUGUAAGGCAGCCAGAGAUGCUUAUUUUUUAAUUCUCAGAAAUGCGGCAAGAUUUUUUAACCCUCGGAACUUAGACCUAGAUUAAUUAACUUAAAUUCACCUUUGCCUUUGGAGGCACAGAAACAUAAUGUCUAUUUUUCCUCUGUUUUGUCGCUACCCCUGACUGUUCGUACGGUCUGCCAACAGAAUCGCUCCUUCUAGCUUCCUUGAGGCCAUUUGAGAGUCCAGAACUCCCAGGAUCAUCAGCGGCUUUGGCUAACCCUCGGAACAAUUGGAGGGAUUUUUAUGGUGCUUGGCAAAUGGGUUAUUACGAUUUUUACUACAUGAGUAGGCUAUAUGAUUAUUACUAACAACUCUAAAUGAAAUGACAAAAUUUAUUCUCCUGUAUUUCCUACAAUAGUAUUUUUAUUUAUAUCAUAUAUAAUUGCGUCCUUAUUUAUUGGAAUUUAUGAAACUGCUUGUGAUUGUUUGCUGCAGUGCUUUUUAAUUGAUGAAGAGUUUAGCAAUAAAAAACAAAGAGCUCCAGAGCAUGCACCAGAGCUGCUGGUUGCAUUUAUGAACCGAGAAAGAGAUCCUGGAAGAGCUAGCAAAAGAUGCUGUUGUUAA